AGCAGCUAUAGGUUUGAUCCUAUAUAUUGUAACACAGACGGUAUCCGACCCGCAUGCUGACAGAUGCCAUCACAUGUUUUCAGCUCGGAUGAAAUCUUUGGCUUCUUGAACGCCUCACCAGUCGCUCCCCGGAACCUUCCCUCUCCUUGCUCAACACGGACGUAUUAUGACGGAGCACACACAGCGAAGCGCCGCGGCGGGAUGUUCACGUUAAAACGUCACAGUUACAGGCAGCAGGAAUUAACGUAAAACAAGGAAGUUACCAUUUCCAAGAUGGAGACCCUCGCCCCAGACACUGAGGUCCGCCUGGCGGUGUCCCGGUGUCUCCGGACCCUCGCCGCGUCCACAGACACCGACAGCGCCGUCGCCGCCCUGCAGACGCUCCACUUCUACGUGGAUGACGGAGCGGAGGGUGGAGCCGCCUCGGCGCAGCGGGCGGAGUUCAGGAGAGCUCACUUCACUCGGACCCUUCAGUUCCUCGUGAGCGACAGCCAGGCCGAGCGGCUGGCCGGCCUCGCGGCCGCCCGGCGGACGGAGCUGUGGGACGGCUUGUUCCUCAAAGGGCCUCCGGAGCAGGCGCUGCUGGUGCUGAUGGAGGCGAUGGGAGAGCUGCGAGCCGGCACACAGCUGGACCACGUGGUCCGCGUCACGGAGAGGUUCCUUCAGAGAGGCCGGCUGGCCGACCUGCUGUGGGCCUCCUGCCUGCAGACCGGCCCCCCCGACUCCCCCCAGCUCCGGGAGGCGCUGCUGGCACGGAUCACGGCGCUGCCGGACGUCACCGCCAACAGGCUGCACCCGAAGAGCAGGCCUCUCUUCCUCCCCCAGCAGUACUACCCACGGCUGGCCGCAGACAUGCUCACCGCCCUGGAGCGGACCCGUCGAGCGCUCCAAGAUGGCACGGACUGCUCUUUGACCUUUGUGGCUCAGACACUUGGGAAAGUCUGUAUCCAGGGCCAUAGCGGUCUGGUGCUGGCGGUGAUGGCUCCGCGGCUGUCUGUGUGCACACGCUCCGACGCGGCGUGGCAGAGAGUUUGCUGGAAGCUGCUGGAGAACGUUCCCCAGCGAUGGAUGGAGAGCGUGCUCACCGGGCUGGUGCAGGCCGUCAGCGGAGCCGAUGCCCUGGGCAGGAUCAUUGGGAAUUUAGUGUUGACAAAUAAAAAGGCCCAGUUUGUCAUCACUCAUAAACUCCUGUUACUGCAGUACAAGUAUGAGACCCGAGUCUUGAGAACUGUCCUGGGUUACCUGGCAGCAGACGGGGAGCGAAGGCCGCUGCUCAUCCAGGUGUUACAGUCUGUGUCUCAGACCUGGGCUAACCCCAGUGCCGUGAAGCACACGCCUCUGGAGCAGCAGCUGUACGUCAGCAAGGCCUUGCUGCUGAGCGUCAGCCUGCUGAGCGACUCUGAGCUGCAGCCGCUCCGCUCAGAGUUACUUCAGUGUCUGCUGGGCGGCAUGCAGAGCCACCUGGACAGCAGCGUGGUGCGCAUCAGGCGGAUGGGCAUGGUGGUGGGGGAGUGCCUGAGCUCCCGGAUGGAUCUCAGUCAAACCAAGCUCCAGUUUGAGUACGAGCAGGACGAGGAGACCCAGGAGCUGCUCGCUCUGAUGACCCCCGUCACCGGCGAUGAAGAGGAGGCGGAGCCUGUGAACGGAGUUGACUCUCCUCGAGAGACGAGUGAAACGACUCCAUCCGCUCAGAAUGUAUCCGCUCAAAAUAAUUCCAAAGCUGCUCCGGACUCCGACCUGGACAGCGACGAUGAGCUCGCUCCGUACGAUAUGUCUGGCGAUCAGGAAAUGAGUAAAGCAUCCCCGCCGCGCUACCUACGGGACUGCCUGGAAACCUUCAUUUCCUCUGAGGACCCGCUGCACGUGGAGCUCAGCUUGAGAGUCGCUGAGGGUUUGGUGAGGAAGAACGUCUUUGCAGCCAGAGAGGUCAGUGUCCAGCUGACCAAAGUGCUUCUUCACAUGGAGGAUAAAUACAGCAUCACGGGCUUCCCGAGGCUCAGGCAGGCGACCAUGGUGGCGCUCGUCGUCACAGACUGCGUCUCUGCGACCCAGUUUUUGACCACAGAGUUUUACUCCCUGAACUACAGUCUCCGCCAGCGACUCGACAUCCUGGAGGUCCUGACUCUCGCAGCGCAGGAGCUCUCUAAGCCCAUCACUGGAGAGAGAACCCCGGCUGUGGGUGCCGCUGCCGCCGCGGAUUUGACUCCGUACCCUGGAGACGACCCGGCUGAGUGGCGAGACGUCGUAGAGAAGCGGAUUCAGAGCAAGACGAGACGCCUCAGGAAGGGGGCCACCCAGCCUCCGGCUCAGGCCGCCCCCAACCGCUAUGCCCCUGUUGCCGGACACUUCUUUUUUCCUCUGCUCAGCAACUAUGACAAGCCUCAAGUGACCUUUGACCUGUUGGGUGGUGACCAUCUCGUACUGGGCAGGUUGGUCCACACCUUGGGCCUCUUCAUGCAUCUAGCGGUCAAUGCACCGAUAGCUGCACAGAUGGGUUGUGCUUUGCUGGACUUUGUGUGGGCGGUGCGUUACCAUGCCGACCAGAUGGUGAGGCGAGGCGUCCUCUUCGCGGUGUGCUCUGUGUUCCUGAGCAUGCCCAGUGAGCUCCUGCUGGACCUCAGCGACCGGCUGUUUGACACCAGGACCUGGCUGGCAGAUGUGGCUGAAGAAGACCCCGAUGCAGAUUGCCGAAAUCUAGCGAUACAGAGUUUGGUGCUGCUGGAUAAGAGCCUCAAGAAGCAGCUUCAAGCUCAACAGGCACUGAGCACGGAGUCAUGAUCCAAGCGUCAACAACCAACCGUGAAAUGCUGAAUGGGUCUCCGAUGUGGGCCGGGCCUCGUCUCGACCCCCGCCUCGUCCUCGGAGAAGCAGGAUGGCGGUCGAUGGAAGUCAUGUUCCGGAUAUUUGCCGACAGGUUUUCCUAUCCUGGAACCCACAGCGGAAAAGGAGGGCACGCGUCUUUGAACAUGUUUGUCUUUGUGCACGACCAAAUCAUGCACCCACAAACAGUUCAACACUAUUGUUGGACAUAUUGUGCAUCGUGUAUGAACCGAAGACAAUAUUGAUGGAAUGGAGAAUAGAAUGCCAUUUUGACCACCAAUUAAAUUUAAGUUGUAAGGAUAUCCUCUUCAAACUCUU